AUAAUCAUCCGUACUCAACAGAUCCACCAUGAAUAAAACACCAUUCACAAUAGUGGUUAAACUCGGUACCUCAUCUCUAGUAGAUGAAGAGUCUCGCGAACCACGUAUUGCCAAUAUGUCACUUAUAGUAGAAACAAUUGUCAAAUUGCGACGUCAAGGUCAUCGAAUCAUCAUCGUGUCCUCAGGAGCCAUUGCCUUUGGGAUGAAACGAGUGGGGAUGGAUGCGAAGCCAAGCAAGCUUGCUGCAGUACAGGCACUUGCAUCCAUUGGACAAGGUAGGUUGAUUGGGUUGUUUGAUAAUUUGUUCAGGCUGUUGGCUCAACCAAUUGCCCAGAUCUUAAUUACCAGAAACGACAUUAUGGAUUUCACUCAGUAUAAGAAUGCCAAAAACACUAUAAAUGAAUUAUUGGAUAUGGGAGUUAUUCCAAUUGUCAAUGAAAAUGAUACUUUGUCAGUUUCGGAAAUUAAGUUUGGUGAUAACGAUACGUUGUCCGCUAUAACUGCUGCCAUGAUUCAUGCUGAUUACUUAUUUCUUAUGACCGAUGUGGAGUGUUUGUAUACUGACAAUCCAAGGGCUAAUCCUGAUGCCAAACCUAUCUUGAUUGUGGAUAAAAUAGAAGACCUUAAUGUGAAUACAGAUACCGAAAAUGGACAAGCUGGUUCAAAAGUGGGAACUGGGGGUAUGACUACAAAGUUAAUUGCUGCAGAAUUAGCUACUAAUGUGGGCGUCACUACUAUUAUCACAUUGUCUAGCCAGCCUCAUUAUAUUCUUGAUAUUGUUAAUCAUAUCCAAUCACAAAAUAACUCUAAUUUGUCAAUUGAUGAACAGCGAGUCAUGCUUGCCAAUGAUGUCACCCAGGGAAAGAUUCCAUUACAUACCCAAUUCUUGGGAUUACCACAAGAUACACAAAUCAAAUCUGACAGAAGAUUCUGGUUAUUGCAUGGAUUAAAGACUAAAGGUGCGUUGAUUAUUGACCUGGGAUGUUUUGAAGCAUUAACUAGAAGAAACAGAGCUGGGUUAUUACCAGCUGGGAUCAUUGAAGUUCUUGGAAACUUCCAUGAAAGUGAAUGUGUGUCGAUAAAAGUCAUUGCAGACAAGAGCUUACCCUUGUCAGAGGCAGUUGAAGUUGGUCAUUGCCGUGUAAAUUAUCUGGCCACUGAAAUCAGAAUGAUUAAAGGACACAAGAGUAGAGAUAUUGAAAAGAUAUUGGGGUUUGCUGAUAGUGAAUAUGUUGCACAUAGAGACAAUUUGGCAUUCCCGCCAGUUAUGCCCCCAUCGGCUACUCCCACUCCAAGGAAUUAUUGAAAGACUUUUUAUAGUUAGUACUAUGCGAGUAUAGUGUAAAUGGAUGUUAUAUAGCGCCGCCACGUUGUACUGCGUCAAGAAUUAUUCCAGUAAUAGAACAAAUUUCAAUAGUAUUGAAUUUUAGUUACCAAUUUGAUCCUAAAGUUUGCUCCUUUGUGACGAUAUUCUUCUGCAGCUAGAUCUAAACU